AUGUACCACAAGUCCAUGUUCCCCGACCUCCCUGUUGUGCCAGAGACCAAUGUUCAUCACUUGCUCUUUAACCGACCAGAGCAGAAAUCCUGGCCAGAUUACACGUUGUACGUGAAUGCAACCACUGGUAAACGGUGGUCUUUCCGCCAGUUCGUUGAGCGUGUACGCGAUGGGGCUACCGCUCUCGGAGCUGACGUCGAGCAAGGUGGCCUUGGUAUCUCUCUUGGCAAUGGUGAGAUCGUCGGGAUCUUAAGUGAAAACUGCUUGACUCAGGACUAUAUUGCAUUAUUGCACUCUCUGAUGGCAAUUACAGUGCCUUUCGCAAUGAUUUCUGGGUACUCGACUCCUUUCGAAUUCAAACAUGCUGUGACACUGUCGCAGGCGACCCGGAUCUUCGUUAGCCCUUCGUUACUACCCCUCGCUUUGACAUCGGGUCUGCCAGAUGAUCGGAUUUACGUGCUGGAAGGUGACAUCGAAGGUCGCUUGAGCUACGACGAUCUUGUCAACCGCACUCGACGCCAUCGCAUACCCCGCUUGCCUGUAAAGCAUGCCGCGCGAGACACUUUAGCAUAUCUGGUUUUCUCGAGCGGAACAAGUGGCCUUCCCAAAGCGGUCAUGAUAUCUCAUGGAAACCUAACGAAUUCAUUGCUUCAGGUUAAGGUUGUAACAGAAGAAGUGAACAAAUUCCAGAAAGUUCUAUUUAACGUUCUCCCGAUACAUCAUACGUAUGGCUUGCACAUAUCGUGUUUUCGGGUGUUCUUUUCGCCACUCACCGUCGUCUUGCUCCCGAAAUGGGACGCCAAAGCCUUCCUCAAUGCCAUUCCGAAGUAUCGCGCUACCACCUUAUACCUUGUUCCUUCCUUAGUCCAUCAACUCGUACAUCGCCCUGAGUUCAAGGCUGCCGAUUUGAGCACUGUCCAAGUUGUGAAUUGCGGAGCUGCCUAUUUGCCUACGUCGCUUUCAGAAGCACUGCUGUCUCGUUUUCCGAACCUCGAGCGGAUAGGUGAAGGGUAUGGGAUGUCUGAAAGCACAAUAUCUAUUGCUAACAAACCCGUUCCCGGCUUGCUUAACGGGCGGGCGAAAAACAAGCCAGGCUCCACGGGCGUCUUGCUUCCUGGGAUUGAGGUUAAAGUAAUGCGUGAGGACGGAACGCUUGCUGGAGUGAACGAACCGGGAGAGCUACACGUUCGCUCGGGAUGUGUUGCGCUUGGAUACAGUAAUAAUCCAAAAGCAACGAAGGAAACAUUCGUCGAUGGAUGGCUUCGCACCGGUGAUAGGAUACGAAUUGAUGAAGACGGCGUUUUAUUCUUCGAGGAUAGAGCAAAGGAUACACUCAAGGUCUCAGGAUUGCAGGUCUCUCCUGUGGAGAUCGAAAACACACUGCUGGUGCAUCCAGAUAAACUUAUUAUUGACGCAUCAGUCGCGGGUGUGAGUGGUGGACGGACUAUUGACGAGCGGAUACCCCGGGCGUGGGUCGUAUUGUCUGCUGAGGGUCGCAGAUUGGGAGCUGCUGCAACAAUAGCAAAGCUCGACGCGUGGGUGCGCGAAUCGUUGAGUAAAUAUAAAUGGCUCCGCGGAGGGAUCGAAGUGGUCGAUAUGAUUCCAAAAUCGCCCACGGGGAAGGUAUUAAGGAGACAAUUGGUAGACAAAUAUGAGCGCGGGCAGAAGGCACAAGUUAUGGCCAAACUAUAG